AUGGGAGCUUGCAUGUCGACCUCGAGCGAACAGGAGGAGAUGAAGAAGCGUAGUCAGCAAAUCGAUAAGACGUUGGAGGAAGACUCAAGGCGACUUCGACGAGAAUGCAAGAUCUUGCUCUUGGGAUCCGGGGAGAGCGGAAAAUCGACGAUUGUCAAGCAGAUGAAGAUUAUACAUCAAAAGGGAUAUUCCGUGGAUGAACUUGCUCUCUAUCGAUCCACGAUAUAUAAGAACCUCGUCGAUUGCGCGAAAGCUUUGAUUGGGGCUAUGCGGCAGUUUGGAAUCGACCCUGCGACUCCAACAAACGUCGAGUUUAGUGAUUAUUUGAUGGAAUAUCAGGUCGAUCCGGAUCCGCAUACCCCACUGGCUCCGAAGGUUGGAGAGGCGGUCACAUCAUUAUGGCAAGACAGGAGUAUAGAAAAGGUGAUGGAGAGGCAGAGUGAAUUCUACUUGAUGGAUUCUGCACCAUAUUUCUUUGAGGAGGCUACCAGAAUUGCAGCGCCCGAGUACAUACCUGUAGAGGCAGAUGUAUUGAGAGCACGAACAAAAACGACCGGCAUCUACGAGACCAGGUUUUCUAUGGGCUCACUGAGCAUACACAUGUUCGAUGUGGGCGGGCAAAGAAGUGAAAGAAAAAAAUGGAUUCAUUGCUUCGAGAAUGUGACCUCAAUCAUCUUCUGCGUGGCUCUGAGCGAAUACGAUCAAGUGCUACUAGAAGAGAGCAAUCAAAAUCGUAUGAUGGAAAGUUUGGUGCUUUUCGAUUCCGUUGUUAACUCGAGAUGGUUUAUGCGGACGAGUAUCAUUCUGUUCUUGAAUAAAGUGGAUCUGUUCAGGCAGAAGCUAGGCCGGUCACCUCUCAGCAACUACUUCCCGGAUUACUCGGGUGGCAAUGAUAUCAACAGAGCUUCGAAAUACCUCCUCUGGCGAUUCAACCAAGUCAACCGAGCACAUCUCAACUUAUAUCCCCAUCUCACACAAGCAACGGAUACGUCGAAUAUAAGGCUCGUCUUCGCGGCAGUAAAAGAGACCAUUCUCCAAAAUGCUCUCAAGGACUCUGGUAUUCUUUGA